AUGUACAUUUCAUUCUCCUUUAAAUAUUAUAUAGCUAUUUGUAAUAGUACAGUUUUAAUUUUAGGUGAAACAAAUCAAAGUUUGGAGAUCUUUGUAAAUAGUAAUAGUCAGAAUUUAUCAGUGCCAUGUGGUACUGAUAGUUCAAUAACCAAUGCAUGUCAAUCGAUUAUCAAUGCAAUCGAUACAUUCAAUCACCAACAACAACAACAACAACAACAACAACAACAACAACAACAAUUAGUUAUAAAACUAUCAAGUGGUGUUUAUAGUGGUGAUUCUAAUAGUAAUUUAAAUCUCUAUGGUUUUAACAUAUCGAUUGUUGGUUCAUCAUCAAGUGAUACCAUAUUAGAUCUUAACUAUUCAUCCACUGCAUAUCUAAUAGAUAUAUCACCACCAAUUGAUUUCUUUAAAAAUACAUCAAUAGAAAUCAAUAAUCUUAACAUUAUAAAUAGUAAUAGUGAUGUAAUAAUAAACAACAAUAACAACUACAUCUACAACAAUGACAAUAGUAAUAGUAGUACUUCAUAUUUAACACUUAACAAUGUACAAAUUAACAAUUGUAAAUCAUAUAAUAGUUUUAUUUCAAUUUUAAAUAAUAAUAAUAAUAACAAUAAUAAUAAUAGUAUUUAUAAUAAUAGUAAUUAUAAUACAUAUAUAAAACUUAAUAAAGUUAUUUAUAAAAAUAACUUUGGUACAUUUAUAAAUGGAAAUAAUAUAAAAUUGGAUAUAGCCAAUACACAAUUGUCAUCGAAUAACAAAGUGGUGUUUGGUGAAAACAACAGUAAUGCUUUGCAGCUUUUUAAUGUUUCUAAUGGUGAAAUAGAUAUACUGGGUAGUCAAUUCUAUAGUAAUACUAUUACUAUUGGAAGAUUCAGUGGUGGCUGCAAAGUGAAAAUAGACGACCGUUCUGUAUUCUACGAUCAGCGAACAACCGAAGCGAGUGGUAGUAUCUUUGUUGCCGACGACAACUCUAACCUCUACAUUGGUAAUAUAUUGGUGCAAAGUAACCGUGCGACAUUCAUUGCCUUGUCGGGUAGUCGUUCGUAUCUACUGGUCAACGCUACAUCGUUCCUCUACAACUCUGGCUACUCCUGUAUUGCUGCAAGCGGCGUCAACAGCCUGUUGAUUCUCAACAGUGAGUUCCACGAAAACUACUCGUUUGGCCGUGGUGGUGCGCUGAGUACACACCAGACGAACUUGGUUCUCAUCGAGAACACCACAUUCGUAGACAACGAUUCGCUACUUGGCGACGGCACAUCGAUAGCGAUCGAUUCGUCACAGAUGCUAUUCCUCGUGAGGAACAGCAGUUUCAACGAUUUCGGACUGUGGCAAACGAUCUACUGUGAGAACAACUCGAUUGUAACAUUACAAAACAUAGAAGUAAAUGACAACAACAAUGACAAUGACAACAACUUUAUAACAUGUCAACAAUGUAUGAUACACGAACUCGAUAAUAAUCAUAGAUCGAUUCAACGAUUCUGUAAAACAACAAACGACAACACUCAAACGAGUGCAUUAAGCUUCAACAAUGCAUUUCACAUAGUAGUUACUGUAAUGAUAUUUUUCUUUAUCUCAAUCGAAUAUAUUCGUUAUAGGAUGACUGUACUACGCUUCAACUUACUUAUCAACAAUGAAAGAAUGAAUGACAUUUAA